CUCUCUCAGACUCUUAAUCUCCAGCCAGUAGAAAAAAAACAGAGCAAAAGAGAGCAGCUGACCACCAGUGUCUCAUAAAAUGAUCGGACGGAUUCUCCUGCCGCUCUGCUUCUUCUUCUCGAUCGGCCUCACCGCACAGCAGCUCGUCCUCGCUGCGGCUGCCUCUAGUUCGAAGGUAGUGACUACCCUCCCUGGAUUCGACGGCCUCCUUCCCUUCCACCUCGAGACUGGUUACGUGGAAGUGGAUGAGGUCAACGGCGCGGAGCUAUUCUACUACUUCGUCAGGUCGGAAGCCGGCGGCGAGGAUGCUCCUUUUCUUCUGUGGCUCACCGGCGGCGACCAUUGCUCCGUACUCAGCGGCCUUGCCUUGGAGAUUGGCCCAUUCCAAUUCGUCAUAGAGCCUUAUAAUGGCACCGUACCGAGCCUGCAACUCAACCCGUACUCGUGGACGAAGGUGGCAAAUAUUCUUUUUGUCGAUGCGCCGGUUGGGGCGGGAUUUUCCUUUUCUAGAAAACCUGAAGGUUACAAUGUUGGGGAUGUAUCAGCCUCACUGCAGCUCCAUGAACUCCUCAUCAAGUGGUUCACCGACCAUCCGGCGUUCCUCGCAAAUCAUCUCUAUAUCGGGGGAGACUCCUACGCUGGGAAAAUAGUGCCAUUUAUCGCACAAAAGAUUUCAGAAGGUGUUGAAGCUGGAAGGAGCCCCCAUCUCAAUCUCAAGGGCUAUCUAGUGGGCAAUCCGGCAACAGGUGAAAUAAUUGAUUAUAGCGCUGCAGUUCCAUAUGCUCACGGAGUUGGCAUAAUAUCAGAUCAGUUAUAUGAGACCAUAGGUGGGCAUUGCCAUGGAGAAGACUACAAGUAUCCCACCAAUGCGUUAUGUGCUCAAGCUUUGGAUACGUACAAAAGUCUCCUCUCUGAAGUUAGAUGGGGCCAAAUAUUGUUGGACAACUGUGGUGGUUUUACAUCUACUGGACCGGGUAGAGAAAUGGACGAUUCAGCUGGUGCUGGUAGGAAAAUUCUAAGUGAGGAGAAAGAUGGAGCCGAAACGGUGAAACGUCUUAGAAAUCCACCACCUAGCCCGACACUUGACUGUCAGACCUAUGGCAUCUACCUGUCGUAUUUCUGGGCAAAUGACCAGGGCACCCGAGACGCCCUCGGGAUCAAGGACGGCACCUUGGAGGAGUGGGUGAGAUGCCACAAUGGCGACGUGCCAUACACCGCAGACAUCAGGAGCAGCAUCAAGUACCACCGGAACGUCACGGCCAAUGGUUACCGUGCACUGGUAUACAGGUCCGUGAAUCGAGACUUGCAUUGGAUAUUUGGAUUGGAUCAAAGAGAGAGGGGUUCUAAUGUGUUUUUGAUUGGUGCCGCCGAUGGCAGCGGCGACCAUGAUGCGAUGGUGCCUCACCUGGGGACGCAGGCGUGGGUGAGGUCGCUCGGCUUCCCGAUUGUUGACGACUGGAGGGCAUGGCAUCUCCAAGGACAGUCUGCCGGGUUCACCAUAACUUACUCAAACAACAUGACAUUCGCAACUAUUAAGGGAGCUGGACACACGGCGCCUGAGUUUGAGCCGGAGAGGUGCUUUGCCAUGUUUAGCCGUUGGAUACUGAAUCAGCAACUCUAGCCCCUACUGUAUUGUUUUUUCCCGGGUAAAGCACACUAUCUUUCAGUUAUAAUGAUUAUAGUUUGCUACGGUCAUUUAGAUUCUGCGUUUACGACCGGUUAAAUAUAACAGUUUUGCUAAUUCUCAGUCGCCUGAGAAUAAGCUAAAUCUCAGUCACCUCAAUUAUCGUUGGCUUUGUGU